GUUUUUUCACGCCAGCACAUUUCAUAAGGCAGCCGUCCCCAACGUUGAAAGUUCAGCUUGUAAAAAAAUGACCAAGGUGUCGGGCACGAAGGCAAGGGACGAGGGCGAGCCAGCCACUAAGCGCGAGCGCAAGGAGAUGUAUUUGCACAAGAAAGAUCAUAGGGAGCGCAAGGAGCGCAAGGACCGCAGAGACUACAGGGAUCGCAAAGAGCGCAAGGAGCCAGCCGGAGGAACCUCCUCCAGGGUGAGGAACGUCUCGCCAAUUCCCUCGAACGCUUCGGAGAGCACCGAAGGAGACAGCAGCGACUCCAGCUACUCUGACUCCAGCUACAGCUCCACCGGAUCGUCCAGCUGCACAAGCUUCUCGAGCUCCUCCAGCAGCAGCUCCUCGUCCAGCGACAGCGAGGCAGAGCCAGAAGGCACCAUCAAAAAGUUUGAGCGCCCCAAGCACUCGUGUUGCCAUCGCCGACACCAUCGUCGCCAUCGGCGCCACAAUAAACCUCGUCAUUCGCACCGUCGCCGGCACGUCAUGCGUCGCCACCACGCGAAUCACUCAAGUCACUCGACUCACGGGCGCUCCUCCAAGCGUUUGGCUAAAAAGAGUCGUCGCGGCAUAUCCGACACCAAGGGAACUAUCACUGUUAAGGAGGAGGUUGUCGCAGCAAUUUCUCCUGCCAUAGCUCCCGGGGUCAUUCAGAUACCGGCCCCUAUUCCACUGCCUGUGCCGGCACCCAUUCCGGCUGUCCUGUCUGUUUCGGAGUCGCUCCCGCACCCGAACCCGCAUACCCAUUCCCAAUCCCGUUCGCAUUCACAUUCCCAUUUACAUUCCCAACUACAUAGCCAUUCCCAUUCCCACUCCCAUAACAAUCCCCAUCCGCAACCCGUUCCGGCCCCUGUUCCGGUUCCAAUCACUGCUCCGAUCGUCAUGCCAACUCCGAAGAGGGACAUAACCGGCGUGGUAUUGGACCGCAAGUCUCGCAUACGCAGCUCCACCUCGCAGACUAUCGCCUCGGCCUCCAGCAGUUCCAGCGGCAGCAACCAGGCCAUCAUCCAGUCCACCAGUAGCACCAUAACCAUCACCAAGAUGAUUGCCAAUGCCACUGCCAUGGCCGAAAGCCACUCCAGUGGCAGCGCCAGCCUGUCCAGCACCAAACAUAAAGGUGGCAGCAGUACCAGCCAAUCUGCAAAGGCGGUUGUCACCCAUCUCUCGGGCAGCAAGGUGGUCUACCCAGCCCCGAAGAGCCCAGUGGCAAGCACCUCCUCGAAGGCGGUGGUCAGGUCUAACCCCAGCGCCAGUUCGAGCCACGGCAGCCACGCCAAUUCCAGUUCGAGUUUCGCCCAGGAGCACUCCAGUACCAGGCCCUCGGCAGCCAAAGAGCACAUGAAGAGCCCGCAGCAGGAUCAUUCAGACAGCUCUAGUUCCAAGGGCAAGUCGUCAACAAACGAUCGACCACGUCGAGUUUCUUCCCCGCCCACUGGUGCAGAACCUAGUCGCCAAAAACACAGCGGUCAGGGCCAAAACAGCCAAUGGAACCAUAGGCGUGAAGGAGGCGAUGGAGGAGGAGGCGAAGCAAGAGGACGGGGCUACAGAGCCGUGGGCGAGGGCAACACAAUGGCCUGCAAAAACGGAAAGGACGCCUUCCGAUUUCGCCAACCCGUGCGUAAUGUGCGCCUGCACAUUAAGGGAUUGACGCGCCAGGUGACCAAGGAGCACAUCACCGAGAUAUUUGGUCACUUUGGAGCCCUCACGGCAGUCGACUUUCCGAUGGACCGUUUCCAAGGACGCCAGGGACGAGGAUACGCCUUUGUUGAGUACUCACGUCCAGAGGACUGCGCCUGUGCCAUCAAGCACAUGAACGGCGGGCAGAUAGACGGCAAGCGGAUCAGGGUGUCCGCCUUCCAGGAGAGCAUGCUUAAGGCGCCAUGGCGCCAAUACCGCCGUUACUCGCCGGUCACCCGGCGCCAGAACCAGCGUACAAUGUCCCGCUCGCGCUCGUUGUCCCGCUCCCAGUCGCCGUCCCGCUCGGUGUCCGGCUCGCGGUCCGGGACGCGCUCCUUCCACUCCCGCUUCCGCUCGAAGUCGGGAUCGCGCUACAAUCGGCGCAACCGCUCGCGCUCGCAAUCGCGCUCCUACACCCGCUCCCGCUCGCGCUCCUCGCCGCGCUACGGGCACUACCAUCGCCCCGAUUCGCGUUCGCCAUAGGCAGACGGACCUGUCGAAUGUUGCAGUGGGAGAAGCUUGAGCGAUACAGGACUUUCAGGAAUCUGGAAUCAACCAGAUGCCUAAUUUGGUCUAUGCAUUUAAUGCGGUUGUAUACUUAUUUUGGUGGUGAACUAUUCCAGGAUAAAUUAAAAGACCUAAAUAAAAAUAAAUAUUC